ACGUGUCAUGCCAAAAAAUUCGACCGUUGUGAAGAAUCCUUCAAUUUCCUUCCCUAUCCCUCACUCUCUCUCUCCAGUUCAACAUCAUCGUCAUCUUUCUCCCUCUCUUUCUCUCUCUUAUUUCUCUCUCUAUCACGCAAAAAUGGCGAUUGCUGCGGAGAACCAGGCCGAGCAAAAGGCAUCUGAAGAGGUUCCUGCAGCCGAGAAGAAACGGUGGACUCUCAAUGACUUCGACAUCGGAAAACCUCUCGGCAGAGGAAAGUUUGGUCAUGUCUACUUAGCGAGAGAGAAGAGAAGCAAUCAUAUUGUGGCACUUAAAGUACUAUUCAAGAGCCAGCUGAAACAGUCUCAAGUGGAGCAUCAGAUACGGCGAGAAGUUGAAAUACAAAGUCAUCUUCGUCAUCCUAACAUACUACGUCUAUAUGGAUACUUCUACGAUCAGAAACGCGUGUAUUUGAUACUUGAAUAUGCACCCAAAGGGGAGCUGUACAAAGAGCUUCAAAAGUGCAAAUUUUUCAGUGAAAAGCGCGCAGCAACUUAUAUUGCAUCAUUAGCUCGGGCACUUAUUUACUGUCAUGGUAAACACGUGAUACACAGAGAUAUAAAGCCGGAGAACCUCCUAAUAGGUGCACAGGGAGAACUUAAAAUUGCAGACUUCGGUUGGGCAGUUCAUACAUUCAACCGCAGGAAGACAAUGUGUGGUACACUUGACUAUCUUCCUCCAGAGAUGGUCGAGAGUGUCGAACAUGAUGCAAGUGUCGACAUAUGGAGCCUCGGUGUCCUUUGUUACGAGUUUCUAUAUGGUUUUCCUCCUUUUGAGGCAAAGGAACAUUCAGACACAUAUAGGAGGAUUGUGCAAGUUGAUUUAAAAUUCCCCUCCAAACCCAUUGUAUCUUCAGCUGCAAAGGACCUUGUUAGUAAGAUGCUCGUUAAAGACUCGUCAGAACGUCUGCCAUUGCACAAGCUUCUGGAACAUCCAUGGAUUAUACAAAAUGUAGAUCCUUCAGGUCUUUACAAGUUCUGAUGUGAUCUUGGGGUCUAUAGUAGUGACACACCAAUAUAAUAUAACCAAGUACUUGUUGUAAAAUUGUCAUCCUAAGCAUUUUCCCAAGGAUGGCUAAUUCUGUAAAACAACCAUGCCCCCAAGUUUUAGAAGCUAUCUAUCUUCCUAGGGCUGUAGACUUUUCAAGUGAAUAUCGUUUGUCUCUAAAUUCAUUUAAUGUAGUUAUAAGAAUUUUUUACCCAAUGAUCACAGAUCUCUGUUCUUGGUUAUACUUAAAUAAAGGCAAAGGGUACUAAUUUAUAUAAUUAUAUCCUUUUCUAACAAAAA